AUGGCGCCACGGGCUGCCACCGUCCUGCUCUGCACCGCGCUAAUCUGCCUCUCGGCGACGCACUCCCUCGCGCAGGCGCCCGCCCCGGCCGGCAACGCCCCGCCCAAGUCGCCCAACGCGACGCCGGCCCCCGCGGCGGCCGCGGCCACGCCCACUGCCUCCCCCGCCCCGCCCGCCGCCGACGCGUCCGCGCCACCCACUACCACCCCGUCUGCCCCGGCUACUCCAGCGCCGACCACCACUCCCACAACACAGGCACCGGUGAAGGCCCCGGCCGCUCCCGCGCCGACCACCACCCCCGCCGCACCAGCGCCGGUCCUCAAGGCACCCGCAACCCCGGCUCCCGCUGCCGCGCCGCCCACCACUCCAGUAGCCACCACCGCGCCGGUCAAGGCCCCAGCCACCCCUGCGCCCGCGGCCGCGCCGAUCACCGCUCCAGUCACUCCCGCCCCCGUCACUGCCCCCGCCGCGGCUCCUCCCACUCCCAAGCCCAAGGCCAACUCCCCCGCGGCCGCACCACCCGCCAAGGCCACCGCCCCCGCUCCAGCAGCGCUCCCUCCCACCGUCGAGGCACCUGCAGCCGCCGCGCCAACACUCAUCCCCGAGGUGCCUUCCGCCGCGCCAGCCCCAUUGACCAAGCCCACCGACGCCCCCGCGCCGGCGCCGUCCAAGAAGAAGCGCUCGUCCAAGAAGAAGACGAAGGCGCCCGCGCCCGCCCCGGUCGCCGCGGCCCCCGUGAAAGCCAAGGCCGUGGCGCCUACCACCGCCGAGGCCGCCGCGGCUCCCGGGCCCAGCGGCGACUCCACCGCCGCCGACACCGCGAGUGCCCCGGCGAGGAGCACCGGGAUGGCGGCCGCCGUGAUCGUGGCGGCGCUCGGCGCAGCGGCGAUGCUCACCUAGACCGACGGUCCCCGUCGAUCGGGCCGUGAUGAUGCGCGCGUCGGCCAUGUCACCCUUUUUCUCUUUUCGUUUUGUGUAUGUAAUUAUUUACGAGGGGUGAUGGGUUUGGGUCCUUUUCUUUCCUGCGUGCAGUAGAGCUCACAUUGUCGGGAUUCUUUUCCUUUGCUUUGUGUUGAGAGAGACGGGAGAGAGGUCAGAGUGUCACGGAUGAUAUGUACGAGAGACAGAUGAGAGGGAGAGGGGACGCUGCCUGUGUAUUAUUGUUAAUUUUAUUCACAUAUAUAACGUAUUUAUAUCACAGUUACCAUUACGUUUU